CCAUCACCAAGCCGUGGUGCAAAAAAAAAAACGGCCAACGUCGAGCAUGGCGGACCCCCUAACCAUCAGUGUAUCGGUGCUGGCCAUCAUCACGGGCGCCAUUCAAUCGACAAAGUCUCUCCACGCCACCGUCAGUCGCUAUAAAGCUCGCGACAGGACACUUAAUAGGCUACAUGACGAACUCGUAGACCUUGCCAGGGUUCUGGACUCGCUGGAGCAGGCUGUUGGUUCCGAGGCGUCAAUAUGGGCCCUUCUCGAAGGCCCAGUCAGCCAAUGCUCCAAAACAUGCCGCGAGUUCGAAGAGGUCAUGAAAAAGUUUGGCGGAAAGUCUGUAACCGGGCUGAGAGACUGGGCCAAGAUGGAGUUCAUGCGGGAUGAUAUCAACGGCUUCAUUGAAACCCUUGCAACGUAUAAAGCGACAAUCACAGUCGGUCUAGGUCUUAUUAGCAUGCUUUACUCCAAGCUGAACCAUAAGGUCCUCGAACAAUUCGAUGAGGCGAUCAAGGACGCCGUCGACAACCUCGAGAUGCGCCUCCAGCGCAUUGACGAGAGGCUGGCGCGCAUCGACCCGGACGAGACGUCAGACGUGGAGACGAGCAUCAUGCUGCAUGACGAGAGAGAGAGGACCAGACAAUGUCUUCGCGUUUGCGAAAAGGCCAGGUCCUACCUCGAUUCUUUAGCGCAGGACCAGCAAAUCCCACCGCAACAAGGGGAGGCCUCGAGCGCUGGUAAUAUCGCGCGAGACCAGUUCGAGUCGGAACUCAAGAUGAAGCGGGCAAUAAACGAGAGCCGAAGCAUGUUCACUGAAACGUUGCGCCAGAUUCAAGAAGACUACAAUCGUCUAGUCUCGAGCGAUGGCCCCGAGACCGACCAACAGAGAACGCAACUGCGGCUGCAGGAGCACAUCGCCACCUCGAGGCAGUGUUUGGAGCUGUGCAAAGAGGCGUCCAACCAGGUCGCUUUCCAGAAGAUCCACAUCAUCAGGGAGGUAGUCGCCGACGACGACACCGAUCAAGUGGUGGUCACGACUCUCGCCGACCUUUUCGACGUGGGAAAAGUGCUGGCCAAGAGUAGAUCGUCGCAACUGGUCGGCUCGAUGGCGGACGAGACGCUCAAAAAGUUGUCGACGGAUCGGUAUCGUAGCCGAUUUGGCGUCGCCUCUAGCGACCACGGGCCAUUGAACCUCAAGGCCCAGGAGGGGAGCAAGCCCGCCCCUCAUCCAAUCAGGAAUGAUGGGCAACCGGAAAGUGCGGGCUCGAGGCACGACAAGCCGACAUCUAAUGAGGUGCGGAAAAGGGCUGCUGAAGGUCGAGGGAGCCCAUGAAAGGACGUAUGGGGCCUUGUCGCAUUUCAUGUCCAAAAGUAGGUCUAGUAAUAUGCAUCAUUUUGGAUUGAGUCAAGCGUCGUCGCCACAUUAUCAUU